AAAUAGGGCACCAUUCCGAACUCUUUAGUAGGUUUCUGUAGUUCGGUGUGGAAUUGGAACAGGAAGUUUGUUUUUAGCCUUUAGCAAAACUAGUGAAACGAAGUAUGAAUUCUCUCCGAAAGGUCGGCAUCAGAUGAAAACUCUUCCUGCAGUCAGGCGUCGCUUGUUUUCGCAGCUACAAGAACAUCGUCAUCCCCAAGGACUCCCUGGUGAUGAUUCCUCUCUAUGCGCUUCAUCGGGAAGAAGAAGAAUUCCCAGAGCCUGAAGAGUGGAAACCGGAAAGAUUCCUAGAGGAGAACAAGACGCACGAUCCGUAUACCUAUCUACCCUUUGGAGUCGGGCCCCGCAUGUGCAUUGGACAGAGGUUCGCACAAGAAAUGAUCCGCUAUGGAUUCGUCCACAUUCUGAGAGAGCUGGAGAUCGUGAGAACGGCAGACACCCCGGAAAAGGUGGAAUACCUCAAAGGCUUCCUCUUUGUAAUACAACCGACCAAUCUGGUUGUCGGUUUUCGACCUCUUCAUUGAUUUUCCCUUCUGCCGUCAUCAACGCUUCCUUUUCCCCUGUGUAACCGAAUGAACUGUUCUUUGGGUCAUCUUCCUUUCGCGUGUUCUCAAAAUUCCCCUCAUGAUUUUGAGCCUCAUCCUGUCAAACUAUAAAUCCUACGCAUCAAGCUCAACUUAGAAGAGUCGGGAACCUUGGCUAAAAGUAUCGCAAUAGCGUAGAGGCCACAGACCGCAAUGGAAGUAUAAAUGCCAACGCAUUAUUUCUCUACGAGGUCUUCCAUAAGGUUUCUACUCCCCGAGAAGUUCCAAAACCCUGGAAUGGUGUCCAUCCGUUCCAAAUGUCACUUAAUCUCAUUUCUUAGUGGAGGCAACAGUAGAAUAGAUUCAAUAUCUGGCUGAGUUUUCUCAUGCUUUAUACGAGUAAUUUAGUCUACGGACGAGGACGCAAACCUGCUUUGGGGCCAAAUCCAAUAUAAUAAUACUCUCCAUCCGAACAUCUCCUUCCCUCGCUUUUCUUUAUAAUCGCAUGGGGGUUUUCUGAAACACAUUUAAUUUCUAGCUGGUAUCAUUUUGAGGAUAUACAGGUAGAUGCUCGAAAACGUAUUGUGAUGGGAGUUUUAAUUGGGAAGCCAUUUCAAGAUAAUCGCGCUGGAAUGAAUAGUUCUUCUCCGAACUAUGAAUGUUUAACAUUAGAAAUAGUCAAGCUUUAACAUUUCAAAAGAAUGCGAGCAUGGAUGAGGAGUUUCUGUUACAUAAAUUCAUCCAAGUAGAAUUGACUCCUGAUAACCAAGUGUCAAUGUGGAUUCCUUGCACAUGUCUCUAUUCUCCAGUGCUUUUCAACAAUAGGGCAACACUAAUUUUUUUAGUGACCUGAAAGGCUGAACGGACAAUAAGGAGCUGAAUAUAUGAAUAAAUAUUCAAUAUAACUCUUUUUUGCUUUCA